GACGACCCUAUGUUAUACAAAAUGUUGUAGAAACCAAUUACAAAAAAAAAAGAGAGACUUUUUAGAAGAGCGACACACCGAUCAUUGCGCCAAAACCAAAGGCUCUAUUAGUUCUUCCUGCGAUUGUGUCUCCCCCCUGUCUGUUUCGGACACGAACUCUAGAGAUAACAUCAAAAUGGAUCCACCAGUGUCAGAUCCUGACAAAAUCAACAACCAGAAAGAAGCAGGACCUUCGUUCCGCUGCCAUCUCUACGACACACAACUCGUCCACAAGAUCUCCCUCACUUUCCUCCCCGGCCUCGCCACCGCCUGCGUCGACAACACCACCGGAGACAUCUUCAAGACCCCAGGCUCCGUCGCCGCCGACGUCAAACAAGAAAUGAUUGAGUACCUAAACCAUCGAAGCGAGACCUUCGUGGCUGACCACAUCCUCCUCUCCUCAUCGUCAGAGAUCGAACCUUCCUCCCACGACCCUUACGACGUCGUAUCAGACUUCGUCGACGACUUCUCCACCUCCAAGAGGAACCUCUUCAGCCGCGUCUCCGGGUGGCUCCUCAGCGAGAGGAGGGAGGACAACAUCGACGACUUCGCUCAGGAGAUGGAGGUCAGCGGCUUCUGGCUGAAUGAUCACAUCGAAGGAAUAGCUCAGACGCUGCUCAAGAACGUGGACUUCAAAGGCCUUUCUCAUUGCGAGAUGAAGUUUCAAACACGAGGAGGGCUUGAGGAGCACGUUUUGAGGUGUGGUUAUAGGACUAUGGACUGCGGGAACGAAGGGUGUAAUGCUGUCUUCUGCGCGAAUCAGAGGGAGAGUCAUGACUCCGUUUGCCCGUUUAAGAUCAUUCCGUGCGAGCAGGGGUGUUUGGAGAGUGGUGGUAUCAUGAGACGUGAGAUGGAUAGGCAUUGUAUUACUGUGUGUACUAUGAAGCUUGUGAACUGUGCGUUUCGUGGUGUUGGUUGUUUGGAUGAUGUGCGUCAGUGUGAGGUUCAGCAGCAUUAUUUGGAUAGUGUGGGGUCUCAUUUGAUGUGUGUUCUCAAAGGUAUGUAUAAAGAAGCGUCUUUGGAUGAUCUCAAACCCCGAGCUGAGCAGAUACUGCAGUUGUCUACGCGGUUGUCUGAAGCUCGAAAUGCAAGAGCGCUGACGAAUCUCGUCAAGGAGAUUGAUGCAAAGCUGGGGGCUUUAGUGAUCAAACCAAAGAAGGAGAAGAAAGUUUUAGAAGAAGCUGAGAUCAAAGGGAAACCAGAGACAGCUGUUUCAUUGGAGCAAACCGUGAGGGAUAAAACUACGGAAGAUGAAGUGGUUUCAAGAGAAGCGGUGGCUUUAGUAGAUGAUGCAAUGGUGGAAGAAGUUGGGAAGAAAGUUUCAGAAGCUGAGAUAGCAGAGAAUGUUAACGAAGAAGGCGAAUCAAAAGCUCAAAAGCUUUUGGAAAUGGAUGAGUUCGUCAAAGAAGGAGAUAGCAACAACUCUGCAGCUGAUUUGUCGGAGAGAACUGAAACCAAAGCUCCAGAAGUUCUGGUCAUGGAUGAAGAUAAGGAAGAGGAAAAGAGUCCAGAGACAAGAACAAAUGAAACCAGAGGUGUAAAGACUAAUGACGUGAUUGAUGAAGAGGAUAAUAGAGAGACAAAGAUAUCAGAUAAAACCGAAAGCGAAGCUCUGUCAAGAAUAGUCAUGGACAAGGAGGAGAAUGAAGAGGGAGCAGAGACAAAACAGAUAAGAACAAAUGAAACCAAAGGUGUAGAGACUGAAGUCAAUGAUGUGAUUGAAGAAGAGAAUAAUAAAGAGACAAAGAUAUCAGCUGAAACCAAAAGCGAAGUUCCCUCAAGAAUAGCCAUGGAGAAUGAGGAGGGAGCAGAGACGAAACAGACGAGAACAAAUGAAACCAGAGGUGUAGAGACUGAAGUCAAUGAUGUGAUUGAAAAAGAGAAUAAUAGAGAGACGAAGAUAUCAGAUGAAACCAAAAGGGAAGCUCCCUCAAGAAUAGUCAUGGACAAGGAGGAGAAUGAAGAGGGAGCAGAGACAAACAACUCAAGUGCUAGUGCUUCUGAUGAAGCUGAAGCAUUGUCAAAGAGCUCAGAAGGUUUCUCUAAAGCACAAGCUGAAACCGAACCAAAUUUUUCUUGACAUCUCUUAAGAGACCAAACCCUAACAUGAAGUGUGUUUUCUUUCUCCCCUCUUAACAAGAUUUUGUAUGGUGUCUUUCAUUAUUGUUUUAACUUUUUAACUUUUUAAGUCAUCAAAUGUAAUCCAGUUUUGUAUUUACUUCAUCAAUUGAUUAUGAUUUAAUU